CCCGCAAUGCUGGUCUAUACUGGUCCACCAUUUCACCAGCGCUUACAGGGGGGUUCGCGCGUCUAUCGCCGAGCACGUCCAACAAAGGUGCCGAAGUCAAGUAUCAAGCGUGGUAGUCUACUUCUGAGUCGGCCAUCAUACUACUUCUCAUCUCUUGCUUUCUCAGGCGAGAAGCCGCGCACCUCUCCUGAGAAGUGGACGUGCCACCUCACGCAAUCGUCACUCUUCGGCACUUACCCGUCUUGGAUCGUGCCCCCCCUGUGUCCCCUCCGCUGAGGGAUCUGUGGUACUCACUAGGAGAUUGCCGCUGUCUUGAACACCGGCUUCUCGUCUCUCCUUGAGUCCGUCGUACCUCGCGCCCACCUGCUUUCGAUUUCACUCUGGAGUUUUUUCCCCCACGGCUGCAAGGUCCAUCGUUGUUGGUGGAGAAUCAGCGCUAAUAG